AAUGCACAGGGGUGCAAAUAGCAUACACUGAUAUUUGUACCAGACGGGGUACUAAUAGAAGACAUUGCUGUGUGGACCUGGGUAUGAAUAGCAUACAUUGAUAUUUGUACCAGACAGGGUACUAAUAGAACACAUUGCUGUGUGCACCGGGGUACGAAUAGAAUUCACUUCUUAUUGCACCAGGGUACGAAUAGCAUACACUGCUAAUUGUACCAGGGGUGCAAAUAGCCUUACCCAUAGGUUUAAAAUAGGUUUAGCCAGACAAAACAAAAAUACAAACAUGUUCACCUACCAAUGGAGAUGUGUCUGGAGGUGCCAAAGAAAAAGUAGACUAGGGCUGGGUAAAGGGAUGUGUAGAGGCCAUAUACAGGAGGCAGAGAGGCCAGCAAAGCAUAGGCCAUCCCUGAAGAACACACACAGAGAUUCAUUGUCUUGGCUAAUCACAACAGCACAAUGUAAUUGUAUUCUAUUACAAAGUACAAAGUAAAAAAUACAUUUCCAUGCAUUCUUACAAAAUGGCGACAAAUUCAUGGCAAUCCAAACUAUUUUCAACUGUAGUUCCCCAAGGGUAGAAUGUGCUACCAGUUGCUACAAUAGCAUGGGCUUCAAAAACCUCGCUAACUACCUUCGUCUCCAUCCUGUCUCUUCUUUAUCUACGUCACUUGACUUAACGUUGAAUCAUCUCUUAUACAAAGUUUGUACUGAUUGUUGCCCUAUUGUCUCCUUUUCACACUGUACCGUGAUUGCUCUGGAUGUUGGUCGCUUUAGACAAAAUGAUCAGCAAAAGGAUUAAAUGUAAAUGUAUUAAUGUAAAUAAUUUUCAUCUUACCCUGGGGAAGGUGCAUAAUUCCAACACUAAUGCCAGAUACAAUGUCAGGCAUUCCAUAGUCCCAGAUGGAGUACCGAGGCAGCCAGUAGAGAACUGGAAGGCAGCCUACCACCUUCCUCUUCAGGUCAACCACACUGCAUCUAUGUGCCAAGGCAAAGUAGCAGAAAACAUGGACACUCAAGUUUCUUUUCUCAAAAAUGAGACUCCACAUAGAAACAUUUUGUCUGAAUCUCAGAAAGCUAAAAAAAUUCUCGGGAUGAAUAAGUACCGGUAUCUAUCUAUCUAUCUAUCUAUCUAUCUAUCUAUCUAUCUAUCUAAAGCUGUCUGUCCCAAUACAAUAACUGAUUUCACUCCAUUAUACACAGAGGCUAGUAGCCAUAAUCUUUUAUCUGAUAUGAUCAUUUUUUUAUGAACAGCAAUAGAUUCACUGUUUGUAUUGCUAUAUUUAGUUUCCCUCAAGUUGAAAUGUUGACAUUAAAUCAAAUUAGAGCAGUGUAAACUAACUUUAAGCUUACAUUAAGCUACUCUUUCAUUUAAGUUGAAGUUUAGGCCUACUUUUUCCAUAAAAAAAAAUCAUUUGGAUCAGGAUCAGGAUCAUUUGUGAAAGUUAGAUGUACCUGACACGUUGUUUGAGACACUUAGCAAGUGGAGGAUGGCGGCCAUUGUAAUCCAGUCUCUGUGUUAAAUCCUCCAGGCUCUGCUCGUCCAUGAUCUCUCUCUGCACAGUCACCCCCGCACUUCUCUUUGCCAUCCCCAUCUUCUCUCCUCCGUAUCACCUCUCCUAAAGACACAGACAAUUCUACAGAAAUACCUAAAAACAUUUAGUAUUCUCCAAAUCCGAGUGAUCUCAGUUUCAGUUCCAAAUGAUGUACUGAUUCACUACACUACUCCUUCACUCAGUGACAUAUAAGGAAUAACAUGAUUCAAAUGUACAAUGGCAAAGCACAAGCUAGUUUUUGUUGAGUGUUACAGUAGAUGUGUAUAUAGCCAUGAUAAGGGGUGGGGCCUAUGAUGAAGCAGAGUUUGACCCCACUGACCAACUACCUGUCACUGCAUAAAAGCCCACUUGAAGCUAAUAACUCAAGUACCUAUCUGUUAACCUGGAUACUAUUUAACAUAUUAAGACAAGGACCAAUUACUGUGGAAUUCAAACAGUUUUCCAUGUUUCUCAGUUUAUUAGCUGGGUUUGAAUGGAAAGUUACUUAGUUGCAGGAAACGGCAACAGACAACAGGACGUAACUGAUGACAUUUGGUUAACAUACAAAGUGGUGCUCCUAAAGAUAGGAAGCAGGAAUUGGAAACACCUUACACUACAGAAAUAUGAUUACUGAAGCAGAGAAGGGCAGGGGGUUAUUAUGACACAACUUCAAAGUCCAAAGUUUCACGUUUACCCAUCCUUUUAGUCUCCCCUUUUCUUCAGUGUGUUAGAAAUUAUUUAACGUAGUGUGAGCUGUAAUAUACACAGAUUUAAACAGAUAUAAACGGGUAAAGGUAAUGGGUAUUUAGCGAAUGGUAAUCCAAAAAGACUUAAAACACAAAAAAUAAUUUUACAGAAAUAAAUAGAUAAUUAUUAUUCAGAAUUACAAUAUCACCAUAGCCCGUAAGAUGGUUGCCAGGCCUUAAAUAAAUAUCUCUAUUGAUAUGGCACACAAGGAAUUAAGCAAAUCCAAUAGUGAUAAACAUACAUUGUUACAAAUAGAAGAUAGGCUGUAUGCCAACUGAAUCCCAAAAAUGACCAUGAAAAUGAUCAUAACCUAAAGUUAGUGGCUGGGGUCCUGAUAAACGCAAACCGUAAUUUACCAUUAGAAAUGCAUGUAAACUAAGAUGGUGUGGGAUGGGAGACCCAGGGCAGCCCAGGUUGGUGCUGGAUGUGUUGAUGUGUUUUCUUCACUUCUCUUUGAGUUUGUUUUGUUGAGUGUGAGAUUCCAUUUGAAAAAAUGGUAGGUCUAUUCAUGAACUCAAAUUAUUUUUCAAAUACUUAAAUUAAUGAUGUCUCAGCUCUGUCAACUAAUCUAAACUAAAGAGGCGAUGCUGAACAACACCUGUGGUGUGGUAAGUUAAUCUAUCUGAUCAUUGAUGCAUCUCCAUUAAUGACUGACACCACCACUGUUGGUGGUUGAGACUCACUCACUCAUACCAAAGAUGGUAUUAAAUUGUUUGACAUUUUUUUUUGUUGAAUUUUUUCAAUGUGUAUUAUUUCACAUUACAAUUUAUUAUGAGAUAGAAUAGAUCAACUCACCACAUUCAUAAUCCAAAAUCCUCUGACGAAUUACAUUUCUAUAGGUAUUUCAUGAAGCACAAAUAUAGUAGGACUACCAGUAAACCAUUUGCAUUUACAGGGCAGCAAAUGGUGAGGGAGAACAUCCUCUGUAACCAAACAAUGUACAUGUGGCUUACUAAAGCCAUAAGGACAGUGGUCCCUUUAAGACCAUGAUGUGUUGAAAUCUGAACCAAGCCCUCCAGACUCUUUGCAGAUAUUCCAAAGGUUAGCAAAUAUGACAGGGCCAUAUGUUAGGCAUACUGAAACAUAACUGGUUCAAAACAUAGAGGUAACAGAUAAAUGAAAUAUCAAUGACCUAAUUCCAAGGCCAGACUCCUGAGGUCUCUGUGCUUGGAACAGUAAUGUUAGCCCAGUGUUCUCUCUCUCUCUGGCCCCCACACUUGUCUCUUGACACAUCAGCAUCUAUUUUUAGGUUUGUUGCUCAGCAGGACGCGCCAGAGACAGAGUAAACAGAUCUAACUCAGCUCCCAUAAGGCACUGCCAGACCCCAACCCCCCCCCCCCCCCAUCCCCACGCUCACCCCGAGCCAUAACUGCUUCAUGCUCGAUCGACAACAGUCUCCCUCAGCUGAGAGAUUGUUAUGGACAUCUAGUGUCUAAAGAGCACUGAUCCCAGGAGGACGCUCACUGUGUUAAAGUGGCCUCACACAAAGAUGAAUUUCUUCAUUCACGAUGUCUCUACACUAGACACACUUUGACUGUUGUACUGUUCUAGAGUUCUGUUUCUCUCACGUAUCCCUGUCUAACUUGGACAAUAAUGGAUCUGAAGUCGAGGCACGGCAUUUCACUGCUGGACCAGCUGAACAGAAUGAGAGACACUGAGCAGCUGACUGACGUGGUGCUGGUGGCCGAGGAUGUCCGAUUCGCCUGUCAUCGCGUGGUCCUGUCUGCUUUCAGCCCUUACUUCCGCGUCAUGUUUACCUGCGGAUUGCGUGAGUGUGCAAACCGUGAAGUCUUUCUACGCGACAUGCCGUCUAAAAGCCUCGCUCUGCUCCUGGAGUACAUGUACAGCUCCAAGCUGCCACUCUCAAAUGAAAAUGUGCAAGGUAUAUCGGUGGCGGCCUUUCUACUGCAGAUGGAUGAUGUGUUUGCCCGCUGUCAGCAUUACAUGAUUGAAAAUAUGGAUGUCAACAACUGUGUGGGCAUAUAUUACUAUGCGCGUGACCUGGGCGCUGAGGAUCUGGCUGAUCAGGCGCGGCGCUUCCUGCAGCAGCACUUCACCCAGGUGUGCAUGAGCGAGGAGGUGCUGGAGCUGGAGGCCCACCAGCUGGCCAUGCUGCUGGGCUCCGAUGACCUCAACAUCGCCCGAGAGGAGAGCAUCCUGGAUGUGGUGCUGCGCUGGGUGAGGCAUGGGGCCUCCACACGGGGAGGAGACGGCCUGGGUCAGCCUCAGGGUCAAGGUCGGGAUCAAUACCUGGCAGAGCUCCUGCGCAAAGUGCGACUUCCAUUGGUGAGCCCUGACUACCUGCGCGAGGCCAUGCGUAGGAACACGACUCUGCUGGCCAAUUCAGAGUGUAUGGAGAUGCUGGAGGAGGCCUUGGAGACCACGGGCAUGCACCCAAUGGCGGCUCCGCGCAGACUGAAGUUGCGCUACGGCAUGGAGACCACCGACAUGCUGCUUUGCAUUGGCAAUGACACUGAGGGCAUCCGCACACGUCAGGGGUCCCUCACCGACUGCAGUUUCUGCUACGCGCCAACCACUGCGCGCACCUAUUACAUCACUUCCCCUCGCUACGGCGACGCACUUGGAUACGUGUUUGCAGGAGUAGUGACAGAGGACAACCAGAUCAUAGUGGCAGGUGAAGCUGGUGUGCGCAGGAGGGCAAGGCAGAAGGAACAGAACGUGGAGAUUUUCAGAUAUAACAUUGAUGCCCAAGGCACCUGGUGUCAUCUGUGUUCCGCUGAGUAUCGUGACUCCUAUGCCCUGGGGUCACUCGGGGAUACCCUGUACCUACUGGGUGGACAGAUGAAGCUAAAAAACCAGCUGCUCAUGACCAACUGUGUGCAACGCUGGUCCAUGCAGGGUGGACCCUGGCGAAGCGCUGCCCCUCUGCCCUUACCACUGGCAUAUCACACAGCUCUGCGUUUCAAGGACCGCCUCUAUGUGCUGGGUGGCCGAACUCCUCAGACGUAUCUGACUGACGAGGAGCCAGACCGAAUGAGCAACCGGCUGCUGGAGUAUGACCCCGAAAGCAACCAAUGGGCAGAGCUGGCCCCCAUGAAGUACUCCAAGUACCGCUGCAGCGCUGUGACCCUGAACGGAGAAAUAUAUGUGCUGGGUGGCAUAGGAUGCGAGGGAGUGGAUCGGGGACAGUGUCGGCGCUGCCUGAAUGUGGUUGAGAUCUACAACCCUGAUGGAGACUUCUGGAGGGAGGGACCACCACUGCCAUGGCCAGUCCUCUCUCUGCGAUCAAACGCCUCCAAUGCUGGAGUGGUGGAUGGAAAAAUAUAUGUGUGUGGAUAUUACAAAGGAGCAGAUCGCUUUGACAACAUAACCAAGGACAUUCUGGAGCUGGACCCUUGGGAGAACAGCUGGGCAGUGGUGAGGAGGCACGUCCUGAUGCACGACAACUAUGACGUCUGUUUGGUGGCCAGCCUCAACCCCCGCGGACUGCAGCCACCUCCUGCCGACCUCGUGGACGAGUAGACGCAUCACAUCUCAUUGCUGCUUCUGUGUGUGGCCAGAUAUGCACAGAGCCAAUCUAUAGCCAGUAGGCUGCAACUGCUUCCAGCGUGAUAUACAAGAGCAAAAGCAGAUUCUUCACUAGUGGCUCACUGCUGCAGGGGGAUGUUACACACAAAUGAAGGUGGACAAAUUUGUCGCAGAACAAAAGGGGUCAUUCUUAUUCUAUUUUUUAUUGUAGUUAGUUACCCAAUACGUUUCAUUCUGCUUCUUUUGAUCUUAUCAUGCCACUGAAAAUCUCACUGUGUGUGGAUGUCCCAAGCGGCUGAAAGUGCUGUGCAGCCACAGCUUAACCAGAGAAAAAUGAGUUUGUAAAUAUUAGAUUUUAUUUUGUAUUGUUUUAAGCUGUAGUGGAAACCUUUGUCCUUUUUGUGGAAGUUAUACUUUUCAUGUGUCUGUCUUGGCUCCCUAGUAAUGCAUACUAUUAAUAAUGCAUCUGUCCAUACCCAACUCAAUGUUUUAGACUGUGUUUGUAUCAUGAGCUCAGCCCAGGGCUCACAGGAAUGGUAUGGAAUUGUUGUUUAUAACCAUGUUCCAAUAUUUGAUUUUCAGCACUAUUGCAGAUAAGCAGUGAUGACUUGCAGAGACUGAUGGCAACCAGAAACUAUUCACACUUUACACUGAAACAUGCACAUUUACUGAUAUGAGUACUCAUUAAAACAGCACUUUAAUAAAAUUACCAGCAGUGAAGUGUCAGAAUGUCACAAUGACAUUCAGAGUGUCACUUGUCUUGCAAGGUCCUACUACUGAUGUUUUUUAUAAAUAUUUAUUGCUGAAACAGACAAAAUUGCUUGACAGAACAAAAUCAUAAAAAUACAUCAAUACAUCAA